CAUAUUUUUUUAUUCAAACUAAGCACAAAAAAACACAGCUAGUAGAAUUCUAUAAGUAACUCCCCAUUUAAAUCCGUUUAUAUUUUUUUCGAAUGAUAAUUUAUAAAAGCGCAGGCGGCUUUGCAAGCAGACAUGCCUCGCGCGACUAUCACGCUAACCUGGUUACGUCAGAAUAUGUCACAGUUACAGUUAGUAUUUGUAUCGAUUUCAAAGUAUUUUAAGUAGUUUUUCUAGAUGGAUCCUAUAGCUACAGGUAGUGGGAGUGCGCCUAAUUUUAAGAAAAUUGGUGUCAGCAGGAAUGAACUUUUUGCAAUCUUAAAGAGUGUUAAUUUUUAUAAACAAUCAUCAUCGCAGUGCAAUGAACAUUUAGUUAGUUAUAUUAAGGACAAACUGAGUAUAGAUAAACUUUCCAAAAUAUCAGAAAAUCGGUUAAAAGAAGUGGUAAAAGUGUUUGUGUCUAAACUUUUAACAAAAUGGAAACAAAGCCAUCACAUUGAAGCAAGGUUUAUGAAAAAAAAUACUUAUUGGAUAGCAGGAGCGGUAAACUUCCCAAAUUUACAAUAUACUGUCUCUACGCCAACGACAUCGACACAGGGACGACCGAAAAAGUUAUUCAGUCAAAAAUGCAAGAGAUCGCAGCAGAGGGAAAUCAGGCCUAUUGUUUCGGAAUUGUGUUCUGAAAAACUUGCGUAUGCAGUUGAAUCCAGUUUAGUUAAAAGUGGUAAAAGAACUGCUGCAAAAGUAGUAAAUCUUGCUUUAUCAUCAACACCAAAAAGAUUAAAAAAAAUGAAACAAGUCCAUGAUUCAUCUUCAACCUUUACUAUGGACCUAUAUACCCCGGAAGAAGCACUCGGACUUAUAGUAGACUUAGGAUUAACUAAAGACGACUACAUAACACUUCAAAGAGGGGCAAAAAGAAAGGGUGCUAAUAUAUAUCCUUCAUACCCUGCUAUUGCUGAAGUAAAAAAAAAAUGUUACCCACCAGGUAUGUUUAUCACAGAGACAGAGGCGACAAUUCCAUUACAAAACCUGUUGGAUUUAACUAUUAGUCGGCUAGCACAUAUUCAAUCAGAAGUAUUGCUGCAGAAUGUUCCAGAUGAAGUCAUAAACAUAAAUGUUUUUUAUAAGUGGGGUCUUGAUGGUAGCGGUGGCCACAGUAUUUAUAAGCAAAACUUUGCUAACCAUUCAGAAUAUGGCGAUGCCAACAUUAUAUUGUGUACAAUUGUACCUCUAGAAAUAUCGAUUCAAUCUAGAUCUGGAAAACAAAUUUUUUGGAAGAAUCGGAGCCCAUCUUCUACCAGAUAUUGCCGUGUCGUAAGCUUUAAACUAAAAAAAGAAACAAAAGAGACCAUGAAAGAGGAGUACUUGGAGAUUGAAAAUCAAGCAAAUAAUUUACGGCCUACAAACAUUUUCAUAGGUAACAAAGAACUGGCAUUUAAACAUAUUUUGGUCUGCACCAUGAUGGAUGGAAAAACAUGUAAUGUGCUUACGGACACGGCCUCAUCCCAAGCAUGCAACGUAUGCAAGGCCACACCCAAAGACAUUAACAAUAUAGAAAAAAUGGUAAAUAUAGCGUGUGACUCAUCUACAUAUAAAUUUGGAAUAUCUGUGUUGCAUGCAUACCUUAGAUGCUACGAGUACCUACUUCAUAUUUCUUAUAAAAUGGACAACAAAGAAUGGCAGGCAAGAAGCCAAGAGGCAAAAGAAAGUGUUAAGAAUAGAAAGAAAGCAAUUACUUCUCAAUUUUACUCAGAAAUGGGAUUGGUUGUAGACCAUCCAAAACAGGGAGGAGGCAACAGUAAUGAUGGGAAUACGGCCCGCAAAUUUUUUGAUAAUCCAGUGUUAGUGUCGGAAAUAACAGGUGUCGAUAAAGAUUUAAUUUCCAGAUUUGCAAACAUUCUGAGUGCGAUUUCAAGUGGGCACUAUAUUAAUGAAAACAAAUUUAAGAUUUAUUGUCUUGAAACCGCUCAAAUGUGUAUACAGCUUUAUGGAUGGUACAAAAUGAGUGCUACAGUACAUAAGCUGUUGCUCCAUGGAAGUGAUAUUAUUCGGUCUUUUCCUCUGCCUAUUGGGCAAUUAUCCGAAGAUGUUUUAGAGGCCAGUCAUAAGAGUUACAAAAACUUAAGGUUAUUUCAUGCUAGAAAAACAUCGAGAAUUAACACCAAUACGGACAUCAUAAACUGGCUACUUGUUUCAUCCGAUCCGGUAAUUACUUCUUGUCGCAAAGAUGUACAAAAAAAGAGGAAACCGUUUUCGGCGGUAGUCAUCGGAAUGUUAAAAGAACCCGAAUUUUUAGGACAAAUGUAUGUGGAACAAGCUGACGACUCUGACUCUGACAUCCAAGAGGAAGAAAACACAUAAUGCGAAUAAAUAAGGGAUAAAAAUUUAUUUUACCCUUUUUCAUUGUUUUCCUUCUUUGUAACAAUUCCAAUACACUGGCAAAAAAUAAUUUUAGGAUUAAGUAAGACAAUACGAAUAAAAAAACUUUGAAAAAUUUUACACUACUAAAUUUUAUUCUUAAAUCUACUUUCAACCUGUCUUUUAAAAUUCUUUUGACCAAUUUACCAAGGUAGAUAUGCAAGUAAAAAUUAAAGUUUCCAUUCAGAAUAUUUCUUUUUUAUAAUAAUAAUUAUAUCUAGUUUAUUACCGUAGGUAUUGGUGGAUUUGGAAAUUUUGUUACACACUGUAUAUAAAUUAUAAGCCAAAUUAGGUCUAUAUUAGAAAUAUAUGGUUAGUUCUGUACUAAAAUAUGCUUUGCAUGUAAAUUCUAAGUUAAAUACCAAAUUAAAUCAAUGAAAAUGUUUUUGUCGCUGUAAAG